CCGCGUCCUGGCCGGCCCGGCAGCCCGGGCGCGCGCUCCGACGGGGCGGGCGCAUGCGCAGGGGGGGGCGCCGCCUCUGCCCCGCGGCGAGGGUGUCUAUGGAGAGGCGGCGGCCGCGCCUGCUGAGGCGGAGGCUGAGGUGGUGGCGAUGGCGCCCUUCCCCGAAGAAGUGGACGUCUUCACCGCCCCACACUGGCGGAUGAAGCAGCUGGUGGGGCUCUACUGCGACAAGCUUUCUAAAACCAACUUUUCCAACAACAAUGAUUUCCGUGCUCUUCUGCAGUCUCUGUAUGCUACUUUUAAGGAGUUCAAAAUGCAUGAGCAGAUUGAAAACGAAUACAUUAUUGGUUUGCUUCAACAACGCAGCCAGACCAUUUAUAAUGUGCAUUCUGACAAUAAACUCUCUGAGAUGCUUAGCCUCUUUGAAAAGGGUCUGAAGAAUGUUAAGAAUGAAUAUGAGCAGUUAAAUUAUGCAAAACAGUUGAAAGAGAGACUGGAGGCUUUUACAAGAGAUUUUCUUCCUCACAUGAAAGAGGAAGAGGAGGUUUUUCAGCCCAUGUUAAUGGAAUAUUUUACCUAUGAAGAGCUUAAGGAUAUUAAAAAGAAAGUGAUUGCACAACACUGCUCUCAGAAGGAUACUGCAGAACUCCUUAGAGGUCUUAGCCUAUGGAAUCAAGCUGAGGAGCGGCAGAAGUUUUUUAAAUAUUCUGUGGAUGAAAAGUCAGAUAAAGAAGCGGAAGUGUCAGAACAAUCCACAGGUAUAACUCAUCUUCCUCCUGAGGUAAUGCUGUCAAUUUUCAGUUAUCUUAAUCCUCAAGAAUUAUGUCGAUGCAGUCAAGUAAGCACUAAAUGGUCUCAGCUGGCAAAAACUGGAUCACUUUGGAAACAUCUUUACCCUGUUCAUUGGGCCAGAGGUGACUGGUAUAGUGGUCCUGCAACUGAACUUGAUACUGAACCUGAUGAGGAAUGGGUGAAAAAUAGAAAAGAUGAAAGUCGUGCUUUUCAGGAGUGGGAUGAAGAUGCCGAUAUAGAUGAAUCUGAAGAGUCUGCAGAGGAAUCGAUUGCCAUCAGCAUUGCACAAAUGGAAAAACGUUUACUCCAUGGCUUAAUUCAUAAUGUUCUACCGUAUGUUGGUACUUCUGUAAAAACUUUAGUAUUAGCGUACAGCUGUGCAGUUUCCAGCAAAAUGGUUAGGCAGAUUUUAGAGCUUUGUCCUAACUUGGAACAUUUGGAUCUUACCCAAACUGACAUUUCAGAUUCUGCAUUUGACAGUUGGUCUUGGCUUGGUUGCUGCCAGAGUCUUCGGCAUCUUGAUCUAUCUGGAUGUGAAAAAAUCACAGAUGUGGCUCUAGAGAAGAUUUCUAGAGCUCUUGGAAUUUUGACAUCUCAUCAGAGUGGCCUUUUGAAAACUUCAACAAGCAAAAUUGGUUCGACUACCUGGAAAAAUAAAGACAUUACCAUGCAGUCCACCAAGCAGUAUGCUUGUUUGCCCGAUAUAACUAACAAGGGCAUCGGAGAAGAACUAGAUAAUGAACACCCCUGGACUAAACCUAUUUCUUCUGAAAAUUUCACUUCUCCUUAUGUGUGGAUGUUAGAUGCUGAAGAUUUGGCUGAUAUUGAAGAUGCUGUAGAAUGGAGACAUAGAAAUGUUGAAAGUCUUUGUGUAAUGGAAACAGCAUCCAAUUUUAGUUGUUCCUCCUCCGGUUGUUACAGUAAGGAUAUUGUUGGACUAAGGACUAGUGUCUGUUGGCAGCAGCAUUGUACUUCUCCAGCCUUCGCGUAUUGUGGUCAUUCAUUUUGUUGUACAGGAACAGCUUUAAGAACUAUGUCAGCACUCCCGGAGUCUUCUGCAUUGUGUAGAAAAGCAUCAAGGACUAGAUUGCUUAGGGGAACAGACUUAAUUUACUCUGGGAGUGAAAAAACUGAUCAAGAGACUGGGCGUGUACUUCUGUUUCUCAGUCUGUCCGGAUGUUAUCAGAUCACAGACCAUGGUCUCAGGGUUUUGACUCUGGGAGGAGGGCUACCUUAUUUGGAGCACCUUAAUCUCUCUGGUUGUCUUACUGUAACUGGUGCAGGCCUGCAGGAUUUGGUUUCAGCAUGUCCUUCUCUAAAUGAUGAAUACUUUUACUACUGUGACAACAUUAACGGUCCUCAUGCUGACACCGCCAGUGGAUGCCAGAAUUUGCAGUGUGGUUUUCGAGCCUGCUGCCGCUCUGGCGAAUGACCCUUGACUUCUGACCUUUGUCUACUUCAUUUAGCUGAGCAGGCUUCCUUUCAUGCACUUUACUUAUAGCACAUUUCUUGUGUUAAUCAUCCCUUUUUGAGUGUGACUUGUUUUGGCCCUAUUUCUUACAGCCUCGGAAAUCUUAAUUUACCAGUGAAUUGUACAGUGUUGUUUCUCUUGAAAAUCCUAUUUUUGUUUUAGAAAGGGAUUAGGUCUUUUUCAUAGGGUGAGAACAAUUUUAUCAGAUUGUUCUUUUAAACAGUUUCUUUUAAACUAAAUAUUUUGAAAAAAAUGUCACUAAUGCCAUGCCAUUUAAAGUAUUUUUUAGAUUAUUUUGAGUUUUGAAGUCAAUGGGUUAUUGGUUCUCUUCAUAGAUAAACACUGUACCAAGUCUUGCAGAUCUUUUCAGACAUACAUUUUUGAAGUUUUAUUUUCAGAGACUGCACAGUUUGGAAACCAGUCUCCUUUCCAUAAUGUUUCCUUUAUUUGAACAAUUCUCAGAGGGCCAAUUCAAACAUAUCCACAUAUAAGAUUCUUUAAGAUUAUAAAAUAAAUUGGCUUCUUGGUGUUAGCUCAGGGAGCUGGCACAGCACCAGUGUCUUUGUAUUCGCUUUCUUCAAAGACCCCUGGUUCCCACCACUGUCCGUAAAUUGUCACAUUUGGGGGAGGGGUUUUUAAAAGUUCCACAGUCAUUUGAAGAAAUGUAUAAAUAAAAUCUACUUUGAGGACUUUA